CGGCUCCUUCCCCGGCGUCGCCGCCGCCGCCCCGCGCAGCCCCGCCCCGGCCGCGAUCCGCCAGCGGGGCCGCGGUGUCCGCCCGCGCCGCAUCCCGGGACCAUGAGCUUCUUCGGGUUCGGGCAGAGCCCGGAGCUGGAGCUGGUGCUGAGCGACGCCGAGAGCCGGCGGCGGGUGGAGCACAAGACGGAGGAAGGCAAGAAGGAGAAAUACUUCCUCUUCUACGACGGCGAGACCGUGUCGGGGCGGGUGGUCCUCACCCUCAAGAACCCCAACAAGCGGCUGGAGCACCAGGGCAUCAAAGUGGAGUUCAUCGGGCAGAUCGAGCUCUACUAUGACCGAGGGAACCACCACGAGUUCGUGUCCCUGGUGAAGGACCUGGCCCGGCCUGGGGAAUUCACUCAAUCACAAACGUUUGACUUUGAGUUCACACACGUGGAGAAACCUUACGAGUCCUACACGGGGCAGAAUGUGAAGCUAAGGUAUUUCCUCCGUGCCACCGUGAGCCGCAGGCUGAACGACGUGGUCAAGGAGAUGGACAUCGUUGUGCACACGCUGAGCACCUACCCCGAGCUCAACUCCUCCAUCAAGAUGGAAGUGGGCAUCGAGGACUGCCUGCACAUCGAGUUCGAGUACAACAAGUCCAAGUACCAUUUAAAAGAUGUGAUUGUGGGGAAGAUCUACUUCCUGCUGGUGCGGAUCAAGAUCAAGCACAUGGAGAUUGACAUCAUCAAGAGGGAGACAACAGGCACAGGGCCCAACGUGUACCACGAGAACGACACCAUAGCCAAGUACGAGAUCAUGGAUGGGGCACCUGUGAGAGGAGAGUCCAUUCCCAUCAGGCUCUUUCUGGCUGGCUACGAGCUGACUCCAACCAUGAGGGACAUCAACAAGAAGUUCUCUGUGCGUUAUUACCUCAAUCUGGUGCUGAUCGAUGAGGAGGAGAGGCGCUACUUCAAACAGCAGGAGGUGGUGCUGUGGAGGAAAGGGGACAUCGUGAGGAAGAGCAUGUCCCACCAAGCUGCCAUCGCGUCGCAGCGCUUCGAGGGCACGUCCUCGCACGGCGAGGCCAAGCCCCCCGGGCAGCCCGCGGACAACAACGGCCGGCAGUGAGGCCGGGGGGCGCCGGGAGCCCCCCAGCACCGCGGCACCCACGGGAGACGCUCAGAGACUGCGCAGAAAUAAAUACCCGGUUUUGACUUCAUUCCUUCUUCGGAGGACUGGCGGGGUGGGACGGGGCGGGAGGGCUCGGCCAGCUGGAGCGGAGGUGCCGCGGUGGCGCUUCGCCGUCCAUCCGAUCCUCUGGGGGCUUGGAGGCCAUGUCCGGAGCUCCUGAUCUCCUCUGUGCCCCGAGGGCCUCGCACGGGCUGCGGGGAAGGAGAGAGCGAGUGAAGGCCCAGGCUGCCGUGUGGAGGGUGCUUUGGGGCUGUGCAGGAUGGAUGUUUUUCUUGCCUUUCCGAAAUCUUGCCUGGGGAGAACGGCCCGGUGAUGAGCUGGAUGCUAGAGAAGGGAUCAGAGACUGGCGUGGCCUGCUGGAAAUCUCGUGGUGUCAUCCCCUCGCUGCUUCCCCUUCUUCCUCUUCGUGCUGGCGUUGGAUUCCUUGCCACAAGCAGCUGGAUGAUGGAGGUGACUCAGCCCUGGGACUGCCAGCCAGCCACGUGGAGCACGGGCAGAGCCACGCUGUGUCCCACCAGGAGCUGUGGCUGGUAGGAGGGAGUGAGAUGUGGGUACAGGAGGAUGUGGCAUGGGGUGGGCAGAGCAGUGACGGUCCCAGUGCUCAUGGAUGGGCAACAAGUGGGGCCAGGAAGGCUCCAGGCCACGAGCUGUGCCUUCCUAAUCUUGUCCUGAGAUCCACACUCGGCUGCUGCUCUCGUGCAGCUCCCAGGUGCUGCUGCAGAGAGGUGUGGAGAGCAGCUCUGGAGCACUUGAGGGCUCUCCUGUGGCUGGGUUUACGCUGCCCACGCUGCCCUGCCCGUGUUUGUGUCCUGGGGACAGAGCAGGCUUUGUGUGGGGAUGGACAGCAGUGUGGGGACACGUGCGUGGUCUGGUUUGCUGAGGUUUGCUGCCUCGUGCCUGCAGGAUGAGGGUUAGUGGGGACAGAAGGUGGAUGCAGUUGUUGUGGGAGGCUCAAACAGGCCUGUGUGGGCUGCUGGAAGGAGCCAAGCAGCACCUGGAAGGGUGGCAGAGCUCUGAUUCCAGAGACACAUUCCUGAGGCCUGAGCUGAAGUCACCAGCGAGGUCUGAGAGCAUGCAGUGAACUAAGAACCUGAAUGUGGGUUUUCUUUUCUAAAAUAAGCUGCUUUUAGCCUUCAGCUAAGUAGACUCAUGAGAACAUUCCCAGAAGGAAGUCGCUCCUCCAUUAAAAAUCAGAUGUGGCUUAGUAGACUUGAUUGACUGAGUUUGGAGGAUGUCCAUCCUGUUCAGCUGCCCUUCACCAAGCAGGUGGUGAGACCUCCUACCCAAGGGAGAGACCAGCCUGCACCAAGUGCUGGGAUAUGAGCUCUGUCAAGUGGGAUUUGUCUGGAUUUCCUUGAGUUUGUGGCUUGCUAGUUUGUCCAGCUUCCUUUUGGCUCUGGAAUCAAGUUCCUCUGUCCUACAGCUGAGUGUAGAGCAGGUGUCUUGCAGCUGGGAAAUGGAAGUGUCUGUUCUGUUCAGUGCUGGUGGAGGGAGUGGGGCUGGGGUGGGAAGGGGAGCUUUUUAUGUAAUGACAGCUACUGUAUUUCAGUGAUAAAUGUGUGUUUCUGCUUGCCAAAGUAAGUUAUCUUUUCCUCACCACGUGUAAGGUUGUGGUUUGUAGUAGAGCUGGCUCUGUAGAGGACACUAAUGCUCUCAUCUCUGCUGAAUGCUUGUGCCACCCCUGGUUCUGCUGUGCCCCGCUGAAGAUGUGGCUGCUUGUCCCUCCCACGGGGAGUCUGUGCCAUGGGCUGGGGCAAACUGCAGACAGCAAUCACCUUGCUGUGCCAGGGCGAGGGCUGGGGACCUCUGCCAUGGCAAGGGACCCUGGAUGUCACUUGGGACAUCCUCCUUCUCUCGGGGGGAACUGGCUGUGCUGCAGCCAGGCACAAUCCUUUAGGGACGAGUGAGGUUCCUUUGGGAGCUCUUGGGGAUAGCAAACUGUUCUUCUAAGGGGAACUGAGCGCAGCAGUGCCCUUACAAUCUUCUUAAGCUUCCCUUCAGCUCCCUCCUUGCCUUUAUUCCUUUAUUCCCCUGGAUUGCAGGCCAUGUGGAAGGAAAGGAACCCCCUGGAUGGAGAUGUCUCUGCAUUCCAGGAGUGUUUUUUCUCUGCCUGACUGGGUGUAAGAUCAUUGCCUGGCUGUAAGGAGAUGGCUGGUCAACAUCUGUUCAUCACUCCUGGAGGUUUCCUUGGAAAAGGUGCAUGAGCCUAUACAUUGAUUUGGGGGGUUUUUCCUACUUAGUCCCUUCCCCCAUAUCCCUGUGUGUGGAACCAGAAUUCAGAAAUGAUCCCCAUUUUUAGUGAAUCUGAAGGACCGUUCAGCCUGUUAGCACUGGGCCCAGUUUGCCUGGGGUGGAGCAGAUGUGCUGAGCGUCCUUAGAGAGCAGCUGGGGUCACUCCAGGACAAGGUACUCCAGAGCAGUGUUUCGUUAGCAUGUCCAGGGGCAGUCGUGUCCCCUGAGCUGGUGGUUCUGUGCUGUACUUGGCUCAUUCCCUCCCUCCCAGGCAGAGGGGAGUGGGCAAGUACCAAACCAAGCAGUGCAAGUUGUAAUUAAGCCUCUGCUGUGUUUACAUGUUUCUUAAUUCGUCGUCUUUUCAAUGGCUGUAUUUUAAAACUUGGGUUUUUUUGUCUCUCCAAUUAAAAAGAGCCAGCCUUGGCUGUCAAACGCUG